GUAACUGACUUUGAUUCAGGAGCUUGAGCGACAACGUGCUAUAACUGAAGCAGACAAUCGAAGUCUCCGCCAACGACUUCAUGAAACUCAAUCGCGUCUCUCCAUUCUCGAAGGUGAAUUAUCCCGCCUCCGCCCCUUACUUCUCAUGCAACCUCUUGCAUUAAAUGGGCAUCCCACCCUGAAUCAAGUACCAAAGGCUCGUCCACACCGGCGGAGAAGAAAAGAUCCGCCAACUACGGAGGACGAAGACCCUGGCCCCGAUCCUUCUGACGAUGACCAUCCAGGAGACCCUGAGGAUACGCCUACGACCACGCCAAAGCAGAAAUCUCGUAUAACUGCAACAAGUCUCCAUACACAUCCUUCCAAGCGCCAGCACUCUCAAAGACGUGCACCGCGAGUUCUAACUGCGGAUGCAAGAACGGAACACUUGCUGCUAGCGGCAAAGAGAAUUGGAAAACAACGUACCGGCAUAAUGGCUGGCCUCACACAGGCCCUGGAUAAGCGGCGAGAGGAAUCAACUUCAACCGUUGUUGCUACCCCCAAGACACCAAAGCGCACGACAGCUGUUCCUCCUGGGCCAGGGUACGUCUAUCUUAAUAGUUCUAUGCGCCCAGGUGCUGUGCCGGUGCUUGUUCCGGCAUAUUCACAUCACCUGCUACAAACCCCAAGCUCUUCUAAGACAGCAGCUUCGGCAUCUUCCUCCACCCACCAACUGAAGAAGCAGCAAGGUGCGCGUACCCAGAACCCACCAACGCCUCUGGAUUCCCUUUUAAGUGCAGCAAGGUCAAUGAUGGAUAAUGAGGAAGAUGAGGAAGAGACUGUCAUUGGCACGAGGCGUUCGCGAUCAAGCGAGAUACCUGACAGUCCUGUACCGAAGCGCAGGAAAAUCGUCGCUCGGGACAAGGUCAGUGCGCUCAGAGAACAAACGAGAGAUCAAGGUGCAGGACAGCCGAGCAAUAGCUCAGCUGGCUCCAGUUCAACUGCUGUUGGCAGGAUUAGAUCAGGGCUGGACGUUCUAGCUGACCAAGCUGCCGCAUUCUCUUCACAAGAUCAACAGAAUCAAUUGGAACCUCACUCACUGCCUAAGGGUAAAGGAAAGGAGAAGGCUUCCACGAUUGCUGAUAAAUCCCCCGACAAUCAGCUGAGAGAAAAAAGCAGAUCAAAGAGAAAGCAGUCCGUAUCUGACGUUGCGCCUCAGCCCCCUCGGUCCCGUCGCCCCUCACCUUUGCCCCGAGCAAAUGCAGUUGACUGGGGUUCUGGACCGCCAAAUCUACGUCCAGUUCAGUGGACCGAGGGACCUAUACAAGUUUCGUCAGAGGACCACGGUUCUACCCGUGAGAUCGCAGCCGCCUCUCAGCCUAUAACAAUACCCCCUACCCCUCCUCCACGACCUGACUCGGCUGAUCAAGCGAUCCAUGAUACUCCCAGCAGCGCGGCUACACCACCACGUAUUCCUCUCGCUGAACCCAUUCCUGAUCCCAGCGUGGAUACGCCCCCCAGUCAGUCCGUACUCCUUGAUCCAUUUCUCGUACCUUCUUCUCCUCAGAAUGAAAGCUCCACCGGUGUGGCCUCAUCAUCUGCACUACACCAACUACACCAACGGGCAGUCACGGCCCCGAUUAGUAGCUGGGGAGAUGCCCCGUCUGAUCUACAAGCUCAUCUGCGACACGAGACCGCUCCUGGAAAUACUAACGCAGGGAGCGCUGAUUCUGUCACUGAUAACAUCGGACCGAGUUCUGGUCCCGCAACUGGAAUUGAAUCUUUGGCAAUCACGAAGAACAAAGAGGUCACUAGGGUUGUGGGCCAAGAUGUCCCAAAGAGGCAGCGAAGCCCUUACGUCAAGUGGAGCAAGGAGGAGGAUGAUCUACUUGCCCAGGCUGUCGCCAAAUAUGGACAGAAAUGGGACUUGGUUCAGAAAGCGUUGCCAUCGAGGGGAUAUCACCAAGUUCGGCAGCGAUGGCUUCGCAAACUAGGGGUCUUCGACAGCAAGCCAGACUUGUCUUCCUUCCAAACUGGUAGCUUCCCAUCUGCCUCGCGUUUAGGAGAGACGCCAGGAUCACCUGUCACAGCUGAACCUCCUCCAAAUCCGAAGCUAGGACUUGCUCCGUUGAGCAGUGAACUUGCUUUUUCGUCGUUUUUAUCUGGAAGAGCGGAAAGUCGAUCGUCGUAACAAAAUUCUAGCUGCUUUGGUAAUUGCUGAGAGUAU